AUGACAGAACCCAACAACAGUCUCAACCUUAUGGCGGGAAAGCAGGCCAUGGCAGAAAACGAAGACCCGAGAGAACAACUCUUUGUUUUGAAGCUGCAGGUCAAGACCAGCUUGAUUGAUAUCAUAGUGGAUCUAGGGAGCCAAAAGAAUUUGAUAUCCGAGACAUUGGUUCGGAAGUUGGGAUUAAAGACGGUUAAACAUCCGAAACCCUAUCCUUUGGGGUGGAUUCAGAAGGAGGCGGGAUUGAGUGUGAUCAACCAAUGUACGUUCAGAUUUGUACUCCACGAGUCGUAUAUCGACGAUGUCACAUGCGACAUCGUUCCGUUGGAUGUUUGCCAAGUGAUACUGGGCAAUCCAUAUUUAUGGAAUAGAUAUGCAGUCUAUGAUAGGUGGGCCCAGAAGUAUAGGUUCAUCAAGGAUGGCGAGCAAUUCAUUUUUUGUUUGGUGUCUCUUCCUCAGAAGACGAGUUUAGCGACGAUGACUCAGGUGAAGAGGCUGGUGAAUGCAAGCAAGAAGUUUGUAUUAUUAUUCAUUAGGCCUUAUGAGGAGCAGCUGAGUAGGAUGUACUUGACUACCUUAAGCAAACUUCAGGAAGGAGAUCUUAACAGGUUGAAGGCCAAGUACGAGGACUUGUUUUCGGAGAUCACGGGACUACCACCACGGCGGGGUGUGGAACAUGAGAUUAUGUUGACCGACGAGAGUUCCUUGUCGAAUAUAGGUCUAUACCUCACAUCUGUACAGGAGUCUGAGGAGAUCAAGAGACAGGUUCAGGAGCUUUUACAGACAGGAGUGAUUAUGCCGAAGGACUUUGUGAUAGUUUACCUCGAUGACAACUUGGUGUGCAGCAAGACCUGGGAAGAGGAUCUUAUUCAUGUUGAAAAAGUGUUUGAAGUGUUGCAGAACGGACAGCUGAAGCUCAAUGGGAAGAAAUGCGAGUUUGGGAAGGACGAGUUGGUGUAUCUCGGCUUCAUCAUGGAGAAGGGCCAACGAAGGAUAGAUCCCAGUAAGGUGGCGAUGAUCACAAAGUGGCCGACACCUAGGAUAAUGACGGAGGUGAGAAGCUUCAUAGGGGUUUGCCAGUACUUGCGCAACUUCAUUCGACAUUUUUUGACUUAUGCGGCACCUUUGCAUGGCCUUACGAAGGCGAAUGUUCAGUUCGUGUGGGGUAGGGCGCAUGAGGAGGAUUUUCAGCUACUGAAGAAGAAGAUCUUGGAGGCACCGGUGUUAGUUUUACCGAAUUUACAGAGGACCUUUGAGGUGGAGACCGACGCUUCUAGUUAUGCUAUGGGCGUUGUGUUGAUUCAGGAUGGUAAGCUGGUGGAGUACCAUUCAGAUAUGUUUACGAGUGCUAUUCAAAAUUACCCUACCUACGACAAGGAGUUUUAUGCACUUUAUCAAGCGAUCAAGCAUUGGCGGGUGUAUUUGUUGGGUAAGGAGAUGGUUGUGCACUCAGAUCACAAACCAUUGGAAUUUUUACAUGCCCAGAUGAAGCUGCAGUAG